AUUGAAGAUAUAAUAAAACAUUGUAUAUUGGACUUCGAGGCCUUCGAGCUCCGAGUGAGUAGUCGCACUCGCAGUUCGUGGUCGGCGUCGACGCUGAUGCGUGAACAACACAGUGCAGUCGGCACCAGACACUGCCGUUGAACAGUUGUCAAGCGAGGUUUCAUGUCUCUUAAAUUUCUCAAAUCAACGUUGUCAAGUGUCACGAGGUUUUCGACGACUUACAUUCGAUCCCGGUUUUUCCGUUAUUUUCAAAGUGGACACUCGAGUAUUAGGAACUUACACAGUUCAAGUUCAAACGCAAGUGAUAAAAAUAAAUGCCUUUAUGUGAAUAGCUGUUGGCGCCGCUCGUGGAAGUGAUUUUUUAAAUGAGAAAAUGAAUUUAACUUUAAUGAAGAGCAAGAAUUAUUAGUGUACAAUUUACAACUUCUGACUCGGCCAGGGGCAUACAACUGUGUUACGCAAGUUAUUAGACUCGAAGCCAAAAGAACGCCCACCAUUAUUGAGGAGGAAUCGAACAACAUUCGAGAUCGUAGGAGAGCAGCACGAGACGGGAGUUUAUCAGUACGAGGCGAGAAUCUCACCGUUCAACAAGCGUCUUUUGGGCCACGAGUUAACCGACGAGCUACAACCACACCGGAUCGACAAAAAAUCAGAAUUUUUCAAGCAAAGUGACGAACUUACCGAAAUUUUCGUUUUUUACGCGCAUAAUCAAAUCGCCGGAAGAAAUAGUGUUUUUAAGUGUCGAUCAUUAACGAAAUUCAAAGGACCUGUGAUAAUUACGAAUUCAGUGCCCCACCACUCAUUUAUAAAGCGACGCGUACACACGACUAAUGUUCGUUCACCUCCGAAAUAACGAGUAUAAAAAAACUCGACGUACAAACUCGAUACUAUAGAAAUCCUCGUGCUCAGAACCGGACGCGAAUACAAGAGAUUUAUUUUCUGGACUAUACGCCUAGCUAUAUUUCUUGAGGGUUUUAACUCCUUUUCGAAAUUUUACUCUACCGAAGCGAAAGUUUGAUGUCGGUGCUCCGGACAUCAUGGAGACUUCUAAAACAAAGGCUAAUCCCAAUCCAAAAGAAAAGGCCGGAAUUAUUUCGGUGCUAACUUGGUGGUGGACAAUAGGCAUAUUCAAGCUUGGAUAUGGAAAAGAACUGGCCCUCGAGGACCUCUACAACCCACUAACGACCGAUCGAUCCGAUGUGCUCGCCGACAGAUUGGAAAAACAAUGGAUGAAAGAGCUGGAAAAUUCGAAAAAGUCGCAUCGUCGGCCGAGUCUACUGAAAACUAUAUUUCGCACGUUCAGAUGGGAAUACUUUCUGCUCGCUCUAAUCCAGGUACUCAACGAAUUCAUCAUAAGAUUGGGAACUCCGAUACUUCUUGGGGGCCUCCUCCGUUACUUCAGAACCGGUGACGAAAUGCAUAAAAGCGAAGGAUUCCAAACAGCAAUAUUGUACGCCACGGGAAUUUGUGUGGCCACUGCGAUAAACGUUAUCACAAUAAAUCAGGCAAUUUUUGGAGCUUUUCACAUUGGAGGACGCAUAAGAAUAGCCGUUUGCUCCGUAGUUUUCCGGAAGGGCUUGCGACUCAGCACUACCGCUCUCGGUGAAACUGCUCCAGGAAAAGUUGUAAACCUCGUAGCGAAUGACGUAAACAGAUUCGAUUUGGUAUCAAUAUUCAUUAAUCACAUGUGGUCGGCUCCACUGUCGGCCAUCAUAAUUGGCUAUUUUUUGUGGGUCGAAGCCGGCUAUGCCGGACUUAUCGGUAUCGCUGCUGUUUUUAUCGUCGUUCCUGUGCAGUCUUAUACGGGAAAGCUCUCAUCGAAAUUCCGUCUGCAAACAGCAAUAAAGACUGACGAGCGUGUUCGAUUGAUGGACGAAAUAAUAUCGGGUGUCCAAGUGAUAAAGAUGUACGCCUGGGAGAAGCCGUUUUGCGCAAUGGUCGAAUUGGCGAGACGCCUCGAGCUCCGGGUCGUUCGAAAAAGUUCGUACAUCCGCGGUAUAUACAUGACCUUUAAUCUGUUUACAACGCGGGUUGCGUUGUACUGCACACUCAUAACAAUGCUGAUAUUCCACGAGGAUUUGACCGCCGAAAAAGUUUUCGUAUUUUCUUCUUACUUCAACAUACUCGCGCACACGAUGUCGGGAAUGUUCGUCAGAGGAUUCGCCGAAAUCGCUGAGUGUAUGGUCGCGGUCGAUAGAUUACAAAAUUUCUUAAUGUACGAAGAAGUCGAGUCGGGAAACACCGAGUCCGCGACGAUGUUCGCUGCUUCAACCGACACUAUGGACUCGUGCGACUCGAGACCAUCCUCGAGAAGAUUCUCUAAACGAGAGUUGCCUUAUAUUGACGAUGACGAGAAUCACUCCGAGGAACGUGAUGCUACAGAUAAAAAACCGAACGGCGUCGCUGUCGUUGCGAAUGAUGUCGUAAAAAAUUCUACCAAUUCCUACUAUGACCAAAGAGACGGAGUUUAUGAGGGCAAAUGGGCUCUAAAAUUGACAAACGUAACAGCCAAAUGGGAAUUCAGCCAGCCGGAAAACGUUCUCGACCGAUUGAACGUUACUGUUGGCAGGGGGAAGCUGUACGUGGUGAUCGGUGCUGUCGGUGCAGGAAAAAGUUCAUUGCUCAAAGCGAUCCUUGGCGAGAUGACGUUGUCGGAAGGACACGUUGCGAGCGUCGGCAGUAGAAGUUACGCUAGUCAAGAAGCCUGGGUUUACGGCGGUACAGUCAGAGAAAAUAUACUUUUCAACUCUCUGUACAAUCGUCAACGGUAUCAACGCGUUGUCAAAGCUUGCGCUCUCUUGAGAGAUUUCAAGCAAUUUUCUCAAGGAGAUCAGACGAUUGUGGGCGAUCGAGGAACUUCCUUGUCCGGUGGUCAAAAAGCCAGAAUUAAUCUUGCACGGGCGGUCUACAGACAAGCUGAUAUUUAUCUACUGGACGACCCUUUGAGCGCUGUGGACACUCACGUGAGCAAACAUCUCUUUGAGGAAUGCAUUCAACGUUUCCUUGCCGGAAAAACAAGAAUUCUGGCCACCCAUCAGCUGCAAUAUAUCAAAGGGGUCGAUGGAAUAUUGUUGUUCGAGCGGGGAAAAAUGCGACUUUUUUCAAAUUACCACAAUUUAUUAGCUGAGCGUCCAGAAUACGCGACUCUCUUGGCUUCCGAAGAAACGAGCGAAACCGGUGACGAUUCUUCGUUCGAAAAGGCAGGAAAGAUGCGUCGUCAGUUUUCCACUUCCAGCACGAGGAGCAGGACUCCCGACGUGAGUGGCGGCGAUACGGAUAUUGAGGAAAACGAGUUGGAUCCCGGAGCGGCUUAUGGAAUGGUCGAGGGGACUUCGCGGGGCGUUGUUCAGGGUUCCAUUUUUAUGAAGUAUCUCAGAUCCGGAGGAAAUUUGUGCCACGUUCUCACUGUUGGAGUAUUGUUCCUGAUCACCCAACUCAAUGUCAGCUUGACGGAUUAUUUCGUACCGCUACUAGUAACGGAAGAGGAACACCGUCACGCCGAAAUUAAUAAGGCGCGAAACGAAAGUGAGCUCUUGAACGAUACUUACGACGACGCGAACGAUUUUGAGCCAGUUAUGAUUUGGAUUUAUAUAUACACGGGUCUCGUAAUCGGCAUAUUUGUUAUCGGAAUAACGAGAUCGCUACUUUUUUACAACCUCGCAAUGCGAGCGAGUCAGCGUCUGCACGAUCUCGCUUUUGACUCGCUCAUUAAAACGACUAUGAGGUUCUUCGACACUAACCCAAGCGGCAGAAUACUUAAUCGUUUCUCAAAGGAUUUGGGAGCCCUCGAUGAAUUAUUGCCAAAGGCGACUCUCGAUGCUGGACAAAUAAUAAUGGUUAUGGUCGGAACACUCGUCGUUGUCUGCGUCGUCAAUCCUAUUUUCAUUAUUCCAAUCGUCGUUAUUGCUUUUAUCUUCUACUGGAUACGAAAAUUUUAUUUGAAAACAAGCAAAAACAUCAAACGUUUGGAGGGAAUGACUCGAUCUCCGGUCUUUACGUUGCUUAACGCGACUCUCAAUGGCCUAGCAACUAUACGAGCUUACGGUGCUGAAAACAUGCUCAAACGACAAUUCGACGAUUCCCAAAAUCUUCACACCUCGGCAUGGUACUUGUUCAUCGUCACCAGCACCGCUUUCGGUUUCUCGUUGGAUCUUUUCUGUUUUCUUUUCACCUCUAUAGUCACCUACAGUUUUCUAUUAUUGACUGAAUCGUUUUCCGGCGGAGCAGUUGGACUCGCAAUAACUCAAGUAAUGGCUCUGACGGGAAUAAUUCAAUGGGGAAUGCGUCAGAGUGCCGAAGUCGCGAAUCAACUGAUGGCGGUUGAAAGAGUAUUAGAAUACACGGCCUUAACACCAGAAGAGAAUUUGCGAGACGUUGGUAUCGGCAAAAAGAAAAACAUUAAAAACAAAGAAGUCAGUGCGCCAGCGCCAUCGGCACCUUCAAAUUGGCCAACCGACGGGUGUAUCAGAUUUUCUGACGUCUACAUGCGAUAUUCCGAGGAGGACGAGCCCGUACUGAGAGGCUUGAGUUUCGUACUUCCGGCGCAGUACAAAGUUGGCAUAGUCGGCAGAACCGGAGCAGGAAAGUCUUCUUUGAUUGCUGCGCUUUUCCGACUCGCCAAGGUCGAAGGAGUUAUCGACAUCGAUGGCGUUGACACGGGAUCCAUUUGCCUGGAAGAUUUGCGUCGACACAUAUCCAUCAUACCCCAAGAUCCGGUGUUGUUUUCUGGUACGAUGAGAAGAAAUCUUGAUCCUUUCAAUGAAUUCACGGACGAUGCACUUUGGGCAGUUCUGGAAGAGGUCGAACUAAAAGAGGCGACUGUCGCUGGUGGAAAUGGAUUGGAGAGUAGAGUUCACGACCGUGGCAGCAAUUACAGCGCUGGUCAACGACAAUUGAUCUGUUUGGCACGUGCUAUAUUAAAGAACAACAAGAUUCUGAUGCUCGACGAGGCAACCGCGAACGUGGAUCCUCAAACGGAUGCGCUCAUUCAGAGAACGAUAAGGACGAAAUUCGCACGGUGUACGGUUCUCACAGUUGCUCACAGACUCAACACUAUUAUGGACAGUGAUAAAGUUCUUCUGAUGGAUAGAGGUCGAUUGAGGGAAUACGAUCACCCCCACAUACUGUUGCAAAAUCCACAAAGUCAAUUUAGUUCGAUGGUGCGAGAAACGGGACGCGCAAUGACGGAACAGCUCAUGAGAGUAGCGAAACAAGCCUACGUGGCUAAAUAUGGUGAGCGUUUGUGAAGGAGUUGUUUUUUCGCUCAUAUGAAAGAACACCUUAACUAAUGCCGGUUCAUAGAAACAAAAAGAUCCGGCGAAAAUGAGUAUUUUUGUUUUCUAUUACACCGAGCGUGCCGGAGAAACGAUGCUGCGAGAGAUUUGAUGGAGCCUCGAAAGAAACUCGUUAUAUAGAUUCGAACAUUGCCAAUUUACAAUAAAAACGCUUAACAAGCGUUUUUGAAAAUAAAUUUUGUAUCUAUACGAUUACGCACAUAGAUUCUUAAUUGUAUUUUAAACGACGUUAAUGUCCAGAAGCGCGCAGAUUGCCUUCGAUUGAAAGUAAAGUUGUGUGACUGAAUCAACGAAUUUGAUCACAUUAUCGUUUUCGUGAUAUUCUUCCGAAAGUGUAUAGAUGUAUAACCUUCAAUUAUUAUACGAAAAAACUGGAAGCGGCGCGCAGGAUAGAAUUAGACAGAAAAAAAAUAUCACCUCUGAUACUUUUCUGUACUUCUGGGGCAACGACUUGCCCGUCUGAUAAUCGACAACUUUUUGAGAAAUAGUUCAACAGUGAGUGUAUAUGUGUGUGUGAGAGAGAGAGCGGAAUGUUUGUUUAUUGUGAAGGUCCGAAUGAAUAAUUGAGUGGAAUAAAAAAACCAAAUACCGUCACAAAGCGAAACAGGCUCAUAAAAAACUAAUGUAUAUGGAUAAGCAAAAUUGUACAUAAAUAGGAUGAUGUAAACGAAUUCGACACGUGAGCUGAAUCACGUCUUGAAUUAGGCUCCGGGUGCGAAUAGCCAAACAAAUAUUUUUUUACAAAGACUUUAAACGUCGUUAUUGACGCUUUUUGUUGAAUUUGUGCGUUGUUUUUUUCAGUUUCUUAUUUUCAAAAAUUGUACAACAGAGUAAUUGUGAGCGGAGUAAACGGGUUUCGGUGCUUCACGAGGCUAAUAUGCCUGAAUUUAUGCCUUCAGAGCAUCGAGUACGUAACCUAUUAAUUAAAAAUUCUCACAUGAUUUAAAAAAAUGUUGAAAACUCUGAAAAACAGCGAUCGAACGAAAAAUUUUCCGCGAUCGGGGAUAGACUCCUCAAAUUUCCUAUCCACGCCAUUUUAUGACCAAUCAUAGAAAUAGGAAUAAAUCACUUUCAAAGGCUUUCAAUCUCCGAAACGAAGAAACUUAAACCUCGGUGCUUAUCUUCGUCUUGGUAUGUUGUUCAUUAAUAUUUACACGAUGUACCGAAAUAUCAUGGGUACUUAAGAUUAUAAAUAGAAAGUGAGAAUCAUUCGUAACCAUUUUUUUUCGGUUACGAUUAUAAUAAUUAUUAGGAAACGUUACAAACUUUUUUUUUCAUAGAUGUGAGUUAAUCUUAUCCUUCCAAAUGUUACCAUUCUUCGCGUCACUGUACUUGGUCCAAAGUUUCAUACGAAAGAGAGUCUACGAGUUCAAAAAUACCGAAGAAAAAUGAUUUAUAAUUUCCUAAUGCUUACCUACGGUUCUUUCGUCGGUAGACAUGGUACAAAUGACCUUUAACUGGUUACUUAUGCCCGUUUUUUUCCAACAUUAAUCCAAGUUUAUAUUCAGUUCAUCCUAUGUCGAAGCAACGAAGCUAUGUGAAAAUAAUUGAACUGAAUUUGAAUCACGUUGAAGGAAACGGCCAUUAGCAAAUUUAUUUACCAAAAACUCUUUCUUUCUGGAGUCGAAAAAAAUAGUUUGCUCAUGUACAAACGAAGUUCGAGUUUGAAAAAUUCUUCGCCAUUAUACAUUUUCGAGGUUUAUUUGUACUCAUUUUCAUAUAGUAUUUGAUUUUUAUGCCAAACUAUGUUUACUUAAUAUUUCAAGUGAUUUAUACUCAGAUUUAAAGUUUAUGGAAAUUUUCAAAUAUAUGAAAAAUCGCUGUACUCCAGGGAAUGAUGUAAGCUUCAGAUUACCAUUUAAAGUAUAAUGAUUGAUUAUUUUUUAAGAAACUUUAAUAACCGUGUAUAUGAAAAAUAAAAUUGUAUUGUUCUAAUAAGACGAAA